UCUCUGUUUGGCACUGUCACCGCCUACCCACCCUGACACCUUCACCGCGUUCUCAAUAUCUUUCUUCUCUCUAUAUUCCCUUAACCCUCACGCCAAACCCCUUCACUCCUCUUAUCAUUUUUACUCUAUAUUUUUCUUCCAUAUUCGCCGAUUCCAACACCACAGUCUCCCAAUUUUGCUUUGAACCCACAACAUACAUCCUGCCAAAACAACACUGAUAACACAAAACAUACCCCAAAGUUCCAAUUUACUCUUUCAAGUUCUCGAUCUCUUCCAAACCAUGUUGGUAACUCGACCCAAAUCAAAGAUUUGGCUUAACAAAAACAACAACAACUCCCCUAAUUUCUCUUGUCCUUCUUUCAAAGACAUCCAAACCCUUUUCUCAGACGAUUCAAAUAAUAAUUCCAACUCACCCAUUCCCACUAAAAAACCCAACAUAUUCCACCGUGUCCGCCGUGUUAACGCUAUCCUCCGUGCCCUAACAACCCGACCUGGACCUGGACCCGAAUCAACCCGUAAAUCUGAGCCGUUGAUUCAAAUCCCAGGAGCUGAGAAAAAGAUAGUGAUCUACUUCACUAGCUUAAGAGUAAUUCGUUCUACAUUCGAUGAUUGCAAGGCCGUUCGAUCAAUUCUUCGUAGCUUUCGUGUUUCAAUCGACGAACGAGAUGUGUCUAUGGAUGUUGGGUUUAUGGAAGAACUGAAAAACAUAUUGGGUAAAAAGACGAAAUUGUCCUUGCCAAGAGUUUUUAUUGGAGGGAAGUACAUUGGUGGGGCUGAGGAGAUUCGUCAAUUACAUGAAGCUGGUGAGUUGAAGAAGUAUGUUGAAGGGUUAAUUCCAGCUGAUUUUAGCACGUGUGAAGUGUGUGGGGGACAUAGAUUUGUACUAUGUGAUGAAUGUAAUGGAAGUCACAAGUGUUAUAGUGAGAAAGGUGGAUUUAGAACUUGUAUGGGUUGUAAUGAGAAUGGUUUAAUCAGGUGCCCUUCUUGUUAUUUUGCACCAAUUACACUGCUUUGAUUUUGAUUAGAUUAGCUGAGAUCUAAUGACUAUAUUUUUAGGCUAGUCAGAAAAGUAUAAGGUGAAAAUGAAGGUGGAAAAACUUUAUACACUUCAUUUUCUUCUUCUUUUUUAAGUUUUCAUUAGCUGUUUUUUUGUAUGAUUAAUCUCUCUUUCUCU